AUGCAAUACCACAUCAACCACGUGCAUGUGCGGGCGCAGGACCCCCACGCUUCGGCGGCGUGGUACGAGAAACAUUUCAACGCGAAGAAGCUGUGGGCUCGUGAGAUCAUGCCCGGCACGGUGACAGUCAGCAUGGAAGUCGGCGGGCCGGUGCGCCUCAACAUCUCGUCCAAGCCCGCCGGAUCGUCCGACGAGCGCAGCGUGGCGGAGCUUAACCGCCUUGGGCUGGAGCACUUUGGCUUCGAUGUCGAAGACCUAGAGUCGGAGCUCGAACGGCUGGAGUCCGGAGGCAUCCGCGUGGUCUUGCCGCUGACCCAGACGCCCACCGGCUCACGACUGGCCUACAUCGAAGGCCCGGACGACGUGCUCAUCGAACUGGUGCAGCCUCUUCGUCAGUAGGCCCGCGUGCUGUCCUGCACCGUGCCU